UCAGUCAGUGCCACUUAUCAGUGCCAGUCAGUGCUGCCUAUCAGUGCCAGUCAGUGCCACCUCUCAGUGCCCAUCAGUGCCACCUAUCAGUGCCAUGCCAGUCAGUGCUGCCUAUCAGUGUCAUAUAUGAGUGCUGCCUGUCAAUGCCCGCAAGUGAUGCCUGUCAAUGCCCAUCAGUGCCACCUAUCAGUGCCUUCUUAUCAGUGCCCAUCAGUGCAGCCUAUCAGUGCCCAUCAAUGCAGCAUCAUUAGCACACAUCAGUGAAGGAGAAAAAUUACUUAUUUACAAAACUUCAUAA